AUGGCGGUAAACACACCACCACAUAUUUCCGCUAGGAUUUAUUACGGUCUGAGAACUGAUAUACAAUACAACGCCCACUACUUAACAGAUGCCGAGAUUAUUUAUCCCGCGGGAGGUGUGAUUGUUAUACACAAUCACCUUCAAAAGAAACAGAAGUUCAUCAGAUUGCAAGAUAAACAUAAGCCAAUCAAAUCCUUAGUCCUAGCGCCUAACAGACGUUGGUUGGCCCUCAACGAGGUAGCUGAAGAAGGCCAAAAGCCCUAUAUAACAAUUUAUGACUUGACCACGUACAAGAGACGCAAGAUUUUGACAGUGCCUUUCGAAAACUCUACAGCGAGGGAAUUUGCGUGUGUGCAGUUUACCUUUGAUUCGAAAUACCUUGUCGCGAUAACGGGAGAACCAGAUUGGUACUUGUAUUAUUACAAUUGGGAUAAGGGGAAAGUCGAGAGUCAUGCCAAAGCGCAGAAUCCAAGUGGCCAAGGCAUUGUUGAAAGUGUACAAUGCAACCCAGCAGACGCCACUCUGGUCGUUAUCACUGGCCCAUACACCUUUCGGAUAAUGAAUGUGUCAGAAACUGUAUGGCGACAGUGGGGUUGGUGUAAAGCCGAAAAUAUUAUUAUAACGAGCUGCAUGUGGCUAACACCGGAUCGUAUAAUGUUCGGAACGGACACAGGAACCAUUAUGGUGGUGGAAAAUGGCGAAUUGAGGCAAAACUGCAUUUUCCGGGCGAGCGAAGUGACGGAAAUGUCUCUUAAGAAAGUGGAGGCUGAUGCUGAGGAAGGUGACAAGGCCAGCGUGCUGAGUAAACAAGACAUGAGCAGCGAACACAGUUCCACUGACUCCUCAAGCGCACCUGUUACUUGCUUUGUUAAUUUUCCCAAAGGAUUCGUAUACGCGUGUGGGCAAGGAUAUGUGCACAUGUUUGAAAAGGAAACUCCUCAUCAUUGGAGAAAGAGGAACCUCUAUCGGAUAUCAAGGAAUUCUUAUAAACACACUCGAGAACAUCCAAUAUGGUCGCCACUAGACGCCAUACAGCACAUCGCCGUGGACCCUAAUCAGGAGACGUUGCUUAUAACGACACUUCGAAUACAAUUGUACUCCGUCAAAUUGUUCGGUCUGCACAUGUUACAGCAUCCCGAAAUACCAUUUGCCGAGUUGGGUCCAGCGAUGCAUUACGGACGGAUCAAUUCACUUUCUAUGUGCGCUUGGAAGCCCAUAUUCAUGACUUCCGGCGAGCAAGACAAGAGCAUCAGAAUUUGGAACUACAUGACAGAUGACGUUGAACUAAUUAAACUCUACCAAGAGGAGAUUCAUUGCGUUUCGUUGCAUCCAACUGGUCUUUUCGCGAUAGUAGGGUUCUCCGACAAACUCAGAUACAUGGUGGUGCUAAUUGAUGAUUUCGAAGUGGUCCGCGAGUUUCCGAUUCGAAACUGUAAACGAGCCAAGUUCAGUACCAAUGGACACUUGUUCGCUGCUGUUAAUGUUCAGGUCAUUCAAGUCUUUUCAUCUGUAUCAUUCCAAAACGUGUACAAUUUGAAGGGGCAUAAUGGAAAGAUCACCUGCCUCGCGUGGUCCGCCAACGACUUAACGUUAGUUUCAUGCGGUACAGAGGGCGCUGUUUACGAGUGGAAUAUGUCAAACGGGCAAAGAGUUGGAGAAGUUAUUUUGAAAACGAACCAAUUCAGCGCAUGCGCAGUCAAUAACAACGGAAAGACAACAUAUGCCAUCGGCAGUGACGGAGAACUGAAGGAAAUUGGCGCGAACACGAUCAGAAGAAACCUUCCGCUAAUAGGAUGCGGUCUGGAUACAAUAAUUUUGUCCCGUUCAGACCUAAUGCUCUUUAUAACUGGCGGCACCGGUGGUGUGACUGCAGUGCAACUACCGUUACUAGACAAAGCAAUAUUUAAUGAGUUUCACAUGCACAAUAAGAAGAUAACCGCCAUAGCACUGGCUUAUGAUGACCAAACGGUGGUUUCCGUAGCUGAAGACUCCUCUAUCUGCCUCUGGAGACUGACUAACGCUGAUGGUAGGGCGAUCGCUCUAGACAAAGAUUUCGCUUAUUCGAAAGAGAUUUUGAUAAGCAAAAAGGACUUGCAAGAGAAGAUUAACAGUAUAAAUCUGCUUAGUACUCGUAUGAGUGAAUUAGAAACUGAACAUACAUAUCAACUCAGACAAGCGGAGGCGACUCAGGCUGAAAAAUUGAAGGAGGUGCACGAAGGCUAUUGCGCAGCAAUUGAAGAACUUAAAGAGAAAAAUGAGCAAAUGGAGAAUGAACACACACACGAAAUCGGUAUGAUACAACAAGACAUCGCUAAACUACGGUCAGGCCAUGAGAGGACGUUGCAAUCGCUGGAGGCGGAUUUCAAUAUACGUCUUAUCAGCGAAUAUGACAGAUAUCAGAGCCUAGAAGAUAAAACAGCAAGGAUGAGAAAAGAUUACGAGCAGAGAUUAGAAGCUCUAGCUGAAAGCAAACGGCAGGCGUUACGAGAGCUCAAUAAUAUGUUUGAAACGAAAUUAGAGGAGAAAGACCUGCUUUUACAAGAGCUUCAAGAGCAAGCUGACAUGGAGAAAAAAGAACACGAAACGAUUAAAAGCUCCAUAGAAGAAGACGCUGAUCGUGAAAUUAUCGAAAUCAGAACGGCUUAUGAAGUUCAGCUGAAAGAAGAGAAGGAUGCUAACGUUAGACUAAAAGGAGAAACUGGUCUCAUGAAAAAGAAGCUUAUAACUGCUCAUAAGGAAAUAGACGACUUCAAACAUCAAGUUUUGCAGCUUAAAGCUGAACACAAACAGUUUCAAAAAGUAAUAUCAACGCUAGAAAGAGAUGUAGCUGAUCUGAAAAAAGAAAUAGCUGAAAGAGACAACACUAUCCAAGACAAAGAAAAAAGGAUAUACGAACUGAAGCGUAAAAAGCAGGAGCUGGAAAAGUAUAAGUUUGUAUUAAACUUUAAAAUUACAGAGCUCAAAAACCAGAUAGCCCCGUUAGAGCGAGAAAUAAAAGAGAAAAAGUUACGAAUUCUUGAUUUGGAGGUAUCCUUAGAAACUCUACUGAAACAAAAGGCUUUUCGCGAACUCAAGAUCUCUCAGUUGAACGAAAAACUGGCGUCGGCCAAAAAAGACUUUGCCACGGAAGCCGAGAGAAAUUUAACAUUGAAGAGCACGCUUAAAAAGAUUAAAAUAGACCUUCAUAAUAUGACUGCUAACUUCCAGGAUCCCAUGAAACUGAAACUGAGUGUAAAGGAACUUUUCCAAAAGUACGUAGAAGACAUCGAUUUCGUGCGCAGUCGCAUAGCUGAAGACGAAGCGAUCGGGGAGUUCAACCGACAGCGGGACCACUUGGAGAAGCAAUGUGCUGCGCUGAAGAUGCAACUCUCUAAAUCGCUUGACGGCUCUAAGAGCGAUAUUGGCCGAAUAAUGGACGAGAACUGUACGCUUCUAACAGAAAUCAACAACUUACGCACCGAACUGAAGUCUACUCGUACGCGAUGUUUUCAAAUGGAGUCCAUAUUGGGUUUAUCAGCUCGUUACAUCCCUCCAGCGACUGCCAGAGCUAAAUUAAAACAUGUAACUGAAGAUAGAGAUAAACUUGAUGACAAGUUUAGGCAAAAGAUUGAGGAGAGAGAAGAAAUAAUAGUGGCUCUCAAAGAAGAGAACGAACGCUUAUUAGGAAAGAUGCGCUGUUUGGAAGACCCAGAUGCAGAGCCGGGCGCACAAGGAGACGCAAAUUAA